CUUAAUGAAACACAGCAACUGCAAGAUCCUCCCCCUGUAGCUGUCUUUGCUGUCUCCCAGCCUCUGCAACUGGAAGCACACAGAGAAUAGGAGAGCAGCUGUUGGACCGAUGGAUAAGAAGCAUCAGUACGGUUCACUGGAGCGCACUGAAUGGAGCAGAGACACCAACAAAGCAGAGGAUGACGUGGUGUCCAUGGCAGACUCCACCAUCACUGUGGAUGACAUUGAGGGGGAGCUCUUUAAGAUUGAGAGGAUCAGGGAUAUCCUGGUCAGGAGAGAGUCAGAGCUCAGAUACAUGAUGGAUGACAUUCAGCUGUGCAAAGAGAUUACUCGUCUGAAGAAGGAGCUUCACAAAUUAGUGUCCAUACCAGAUAAUGACAAGUCCAAUGAUGACCGGCAGAAGGAAGAAGAACUGCUGCAGCAGAUCCAAAAGCUGGUAGAGACCAGAGAUUUCCUAGUGGAUGAUGUGGAGUUUGAACGUCUCAGGGAGAAAGAAGAAGAUAAAGAAAUGGCAGAUUUUCUGAAGUCCAAAUUCCCAAGAAAUAUGAAAACGACAGGUGUGCCAACCAGGAGGACACCAGCCAGGGCUCAGCAGACCUCUUCGCCCUUCACCAAGACAGGACUCAGCCUCCUGAGAGAGUGCUGCAGCUUUACAUGCUCCGUCAUGUAGACUAAAGCCAAAAUAGAGGGCCCCUCUGCAGGGCCCUCCGACAGAACUCCAUAUUUUCAGUUUUAGCUGUUCAGUCUGAGAAAGACUUUAACGCAUGGGUGGAGCAGUGACAGUGUAGUGUGCCAUCCAUCCCAGGAACCCAGGAAGCAAUGUCUUUAUUUAUUUAUUUUUUUACUGUGUUUCUGCUUUACAAGUCAACCCAGUAUAUCAGACAGGGAUUGAAGGACAAAACUACAUAGCAUUAGUCGUGUGUGUAUUGGAAGAAAAAAAAUGUUAUCUCCUCAAUAUGUUUGCAUGAACAUUAUAAUUUCCAUUAUGAAUUCUACAACACUAGUGAAAGUGGCGUUAAUCGGGACUUCUGUUAGGAUGAAGUUGCCUGUGAUCUGACUCCAAAUCCAAACAAUAUGACCUUUUGAAAAGUGGUCGUUUGUGACAAAGAGCAAGUAUUUUAUCUCACUCCACUUAUCUUAAAGUAUCGUGAAGUUAUAGCCCCCUUUUUAUAUGUUGCAAUGUCCUUGCAUAAAAACUUCAGUGGUCUACACCAUGUUUUGAAGCUUGCUUUUGUGUUUGCAGAGAAGGUCUUGUGAGUUUUUUUGCUAGGAAUAAGGUGUUACAGUGUGAAAUCCAGCAUUCACCUGUGUGAAAGUAUUUGGUGUCAGUGAAGAGGAAAACUUUCUUUUAACAGGAAGAAGCCUCUGUCUGAACCAGGCUCAGGGAGGGUGAGAGGGUGGUUUGACAAGACAGGUUUCGGUGAAAGGAAAAUGCAUUCAGGUGUUAUAGGUUUUGACAAGGAUGACUGAGUAGUUAGCCCUUUUGAAAAAAUAAAAAUAUGCUAAGUUUUCAACAGAUGCACAAGUUAACAUUAGCAGUGUUGUGCUUUAGC